AUGGAUUCACCCGGGUCCGCCAAUGGCAGACGUGGCGAGUACGUGAGGAUCCCGGAGGAGGUGGAGGUGGCAUCCAAGGGGGAGGGGGAUGCCGCGGCGGCCGUCAAGGCGGCCGUGGCGGCGGAGUGCCCGAGGGUGCUGCGGUGCCACGCGAUCCAGUGGUGGGCCAAGGUCGCCGUGCUCGGGAUCGUCCUUGCUGGAGCCGGAGCUGCUGCGGUCGUCUUCCUCGGCCCGCUCCUUAUCAAGAAGGUGCAUGUUCUCGCCCCGUCCCUCCUCCCUCCCCUCCGCCGCCGCCUCCUUUGA